GGAGCAACUCCAAAACUUGUCACACGAGAGGAGGCUGUGCGGCAAAUGAACAAAAAUCUGGAUGUUUUAGAAGAAGUCACCAAAACAGCUGCUGCAAUGGGCUCCCACAUUAUUGUGUUGCCUGAGGAUGGCAUUUAUGGCUGGGUUUUCAAGAGAGAAACUCUCUAUCCUUAUCUUGAGGAUAUACCAGACCCUCAAGUAAACUGGAUUCCAUGCAUUGACCCCCAAAGAUUUGGAUCAAGUGAAGUGCAAGAAAGACUCAGCUGCAUGGCAAGAAACUACUCUAUCUAUGUGGUUGCAAAUAUGGGGGACAAGAAGUCAUGCAAUUCGACUGAUCCAAAGUGCCCCAAGGAUGGUCAUUAUCAAUACAACACAGACGUUGUCUAUGAUCCAGAAGGCAAAUUUUUGGCACGUUACCACAAGUACAACCUUUUUGAGUGGGAAACGCCCUACUUUGAUUUCGCCAAGGAACCACAGUUUGUCAACUUCAACACCUCCUUUGGGAGAUUUGGCAUUAUCACUUGUGCUGAUAUACUUAAUUUCCGUGAACCUGCUGUAUCACUUGUUGAAAACUUCAAGGUGGACACAAUCCUCUUCCCAACUGCUUGGACAAAUGGUCUCCCACUGUUGUCUGCUGUUCAGUUCCACUCAGCUUGGGCUAUGGGAAUGCGUGUAAAUCUUCUUUCGGCGAAUAUACGCAAACCUUCCUUGGAUCUUACUGGAAGUGGUAUCUUUACACCUAAUGGUGCCAAGAAAUAUUACUUUGAUAUGGAAACUCAGGAAGGUUGUCUCCUCAUUGCAGAAGUUGAUGCACGCCCCCGACAGUCCCCCAUGUAUCCUCCCUCUGUUAACUGGAGCUUGUAUGCUUCAAAUCCUGAGCACUUCUUUUCACAGGCUGAAGUAUUUACUGGAACCAUUUAUUUUGAUAAUUUCACCUUCACUGAACUUUCUCAAGAAGCAGGAAAUCAUACCGUUUGCCAGAAAGGCCUCUGUUGCCACUUGAGCUACAAGAUGACAGAAAAAUGCAAUGAUGAAGUUUAUGCAUUUGGGGCUUUUGAUGGGCUUCAUGUGAUUGAAGGAGAAUAUUAUUUGCAGAUAUGCACACUACUGAAGUGUAACACCACAGACUUGAAAUCCUGUGGGCAGGAAGUGGAUACCGCUCGUACCAAAUUUGACUAUUUUUCUCUCAGUGGCACGUUUAAUACUAGUUAUGUGUUUCCAGAAGUAUUGCUGACAGGAACUCAGCUGGCCACAGGAGAAUUUGAGGUAUUGACUGAUGGACGUCUGACAAGUAAACACAGCCUGUCGAAGCCAGUCUUAUCUGUGGCUCUUUUUGGGAGGUGGUAUGAAAAGGACCCUCCACAUCCACAAAGUGCUUCUCCAUGAGACAAUCCUGUGUUACUUUACUCCCCUUUCACAUUAUCAGCAUUCUGUCACUUGAAUUCAUCAUUAUGUCUCCAGUUUCUGACUUCUGAGAGGACUGUAUGCCAGAAGCCGUAAAGAACAGUGUCUUUAUUCCAUUGUCAGACAAACUAGAUUUGUUGUCAAAACACUUCUCAAUUAUGAAAUUUGAUCAAUGGAACACUUAGGGUCUAUCCACAGAGCCAUUUCUCACUGCUACAGCUCACAAGGCACUUCCAUGUGUCCCUGUGCACAUGUGUCCCUACAAUGUUCCAUGUGUCCCUACAAUCUUCAGACAGCCAUCUGUUGGCUAUCCUACCACUAUGCAACCACUAAGGCCGGAGCCCAGGCCCUUUCCAUUGUGGCUCCUGCUGUAUAGAAUGGGCUCACUGAAGAGGAAAGGGGAGCCCCAUCAUUGGA